UAGCAGGUACCGCGUAGCGCGAUGGUGGGAGCCGAGCAAGCGGUGGUUGUGCGUGCAGCGGAAGAAAUCUCCCACCCUCUCGGUGAUCGCGCGCUGGAUCACGCUACUCGACCUGUCUCCACCUUGUACUCUCUCCGCGGUAUACCGGGAGCACCUCUGUGUGGUAGUUGAGUUAAAAGUCGGCAUUGCCAGCCAACCAACCAGCCAGCUAGUCAGUCAGCUAGCUAGCCAGCCAGUCCACCAAGCAGUCAACUCGAAGAAAACAAUUCUUACGUACGCACCGUACGUGGUGCACACACCGGUCUUAUAAUGGCGAGGCGCGGUGACCGUUUUGGUACGAUAAAACUCGAGGGCAGCCUUCGGGUGUUCUUGCGCCGGUUCGAGAAGAGCUGAGGAAAAAAGAAGAGGGAGAGGAACGGGUUCUCCAGUGCCAGUGUGCAGUCUAGUCGAAGACACAGGAUGAUAGCGAACGUCCGGUGAGCAUCCUGCUUCCCGUUGCCCUCCUGCCAAAGAAAGAAACAGAGAAAGAGAAAACGAACACCUUCGCGGGUGAUUGAGCUUACCGCCACCUUCCUCCUUCCUGCACCACCGCGCGACAAGAAGAGAUGCCGAAACGAGAGGAAAUGUCUACCAGUCGAGAAUUGCAGGGAACUUACACGCAGCCUCAUUGCAUCACGGUAGAAAAAAGCAUGUCGACAAGAAAAAAGGCGAGAAAAACGAAAAUGAUCCCGCCGGACGGUGGAUGGGGUUGGGUGGUGCUGUUUUCCGCCCUCCUCGUCAACUUCCUUAUCCCGGGUACCGUCAAAUCUUUCGGCGUGCUCUUUGUCGAGUUUCUACAUGUCUUCAAAGCAUCCUCCACGGCGGCCUCCUGGAUGCCGGCGUUAUGUUACUUUCUGUACAGUUCGUUAGGCCCUUUAUCUAGUAUUUUGUCGACCAAGUAUUCUUAUAGAACUGUGACUCUCAUCGGGGGCACCUUCGCGGCCAGCGGGAUGAUGCUGAGCUACUUUGCCAAUUCGGUUACUUAUCUUUACGUCAGUUAUGGACUUAUGGUCGGGAUCGGUGCUGGAUUAUCAUUUCCACCGACGGUUUAUAUCGUCACGCAGUACUUCGAGAGACUACGAGGUUUAGCGAACGGUUUAUGCAUUUCCGGCAGCGCGAUUGGCACUAUAGUACUACCGCCGUUACUGCAAUAUCUGCUGGACUGCUUCGGAUACAGAGGAGCGGUACUCAUUAUGGGCGGAAUAACGUUGAACACGCUAGUCUGCGGCUUGCUUUACCAUCCAGUUGAACAGCAUAUGAAAAUCAUAUAUCUAGACGAAGGCAUUGAUAAUGAAGCACUGACUCUCGAUGAAUCUAUCGAUGGAAAACAAAUGCUGGCUGAAAAAACAAGAAAUGAUUUAAAAUAUGAUUCGAAUCUUCAAAUUGCUUACAAUAAUGAGAAGCUCUCGGAUCUUUCGCAUAAUGUGGUGCUGGAGUCACCUAAUGAAAAAGCGUCGUAUGAUUCUGAGAAGAACGAUCGGAGAACCAACACAAUUCUUAGAUUACGAUCCGAUGUCUCUAAUGAGGAUAUGAUUUCUCGAACGCGGAAUGAGAUUUCGCAAGAGAAUAUUGCGAACGAAAUUUGCUUGACAACCUGUCCGAGUCUCACGAAGAAAGAUAAGGACGGUUUGGAUGAUACGCAGAAUUUACCGCGACGAGACAGCGCUAUUGUCGAAGACUGCAAACUGCAAUUCGAUUCUUCGAAAAUCACGGACAAUUCUAAGGAUAAUGAUAAUAAGAAAUGUGCGGAAGAAUCUAAACAGGAUGAUGCGCACUCAAAAUCCGCGAAAACAUCGAUGGAGAAGCUCGAUAAGUCCGAGAAGAUGCGUUUUUUCGACCUAAGCGUGCUGAAGGAUCCUAUUUAUUUGGUGAUUCUAAUCUCCAACACCACAUCGGCCAUUAGUAAUACAAAUUUUAUGAUAUUGUUGCCGUCUUAUGCGAUCGCCGAAGGUUUCGACAAGCAUUCAUCGGCUCUGCUCCUGUCGAUAGUUUCGGCGUUGGAUCUAGUUGGCAGGAUCAGCGGUGCGUCUCUGUCCGACAUCGACUUUGUCCCGAAAUAUUAUUACUUCGUGGGCGGACUUGGCACCAGCGGUAUCGCCCUAGCGUUGCUACCUAUGGCGACGAGUUAUGGCAUGCUAUCCUUCUUCUGCGGUCUCUUCGGCCUAUCUUCGGGCAUGUAUAUCGGUAUCACGACGGUAAUUCUGGCGGAUAUGUUGGGAACCGAGAAGCUCAGCUCGUCUUAUGGAAUAUCGUUGUUCGUUAAUGGUGUUCUGCAACUCGUCGGGCCGCCCGUUUGCGGAGUUAUCUUCGAGAAUGUGCUCUCGUAUAAACCCAUCUUUCUAGCCUUCGGAAUCAUCUUGAUUCUGGGCACCGCGCUCUGGGCAGCGGUACCGAUCAUUAAGAGAAAUAGUAAAAAGGAUCUAGAAGCAAUGUAAAGUUUUACCGAUGUUUCGAUCAAGGUCUUGAUGAGUCGAAAUAAGCGAACGUAUCAUAAAAAACUUUUUUCGACUACAAUCACACGAGAAUCUUUUUAGAAUUUAAUAGUCUGAAAGAAAUUCUUAGAUACAUGAAACAACGAAUGUUUGAAUUCGUUGCAUCUAGCAAAUUUGAUAUAUAUAUUUCUUGCAAUAUAUAUUCUAUGAGGAGAAUCUUUGGAAAAAUUCUCAUAUGACGUAUUAAGUUUGAUAUUGAUGAAUCUCCCCUUUCAUGUGUAUAUAAUUAUUUGCACAAUAGAUAUUUAUCACCACAAAUAUAGUGCGAUUCAUGCCAUUAUUACUUAAGAUUAUUUGAUGAAAACUAAUGUAAUGAAGGCUUGCAUAAACUGAAUAACUACAAACUGCUAAAAAUUGUGCAGACACAAUUUUUAUAUUCUAUUCAAUUAUAUGUUGCUCGAAAUAAAAUAAAUUUUAUCUCUAAAAGAAUGAUAUAUUUUUAUAUUAAAUAUUAUUCUAUUUUUCCAAAAAAUCGCGAUUAUUAAAUUGGCAUGAUAUAUAAAAUUACAAUAUGUAGAGAUGCUCUAAAAUCUUUUAGAGUAUACAUGUAUCUCUUCUUUUCACAUCUUCUGGUUUCUACAAGCCUCUUCUACAUAUACAUCAAGCAAUUGUUGUUUGACCAUUUAUAGCCUUACAUAAGUUUAGUAUUGUUGAAAGUAAUGUACUGCCAGUAACAAAAUAAUAUCAUUAACUGAAUUAUCUAUAAAUUUAUUUUAGAAUGAAGAGAUACGAAACAUAUCAGGAGUUGGCGUAGAUAGAAACAUAUGUAUAUAUGUUGUAAGAGUUCUUCGUUAGACAACUUCGUGCCAAAGCGAUCAGGAAAGUUUCUAGUAGUUUAAACCGCGAUAACAUUUAGUCAGACAACUGUCAAUUAUAAAUCAUAUGAAUAUUCGAUUAUACUAAACGUUGAAUAGUUAAGAUAUAUACCUAACAAUAUAAUACAACCAUAACUAAUGUAGUUAUAGACUAUGUGGGGCCAUAACAUAACUUAUAUAUGGUUUAAUACCUAAAUAGAUAGACUGAAAUACUUUCUCUUCUUUUUUCUUCACAAAGAUCUUAUCUGUGGCAAAGACUUCAUUAAUUGGACUUUAAAAGCUUUAAAUAUAACUUGAAAUCUGUGAAACAUUUUUCAUUCUAUGAUUUCUAGACAUCCUUUACUUAAUAUAAUAUCCAGAUCCAUUCUGCAUCUAACAAAUAUUUUUUCAUAUUACAAUCCAUCAGUGUUCCUGAAAUGACAAGGAAUUGAAAAUUUCAGCAAAAAAAUGCUGAAUGUAUAGUGUAACGUAACUUCUAUUACAAUAGUGACUAGUAUAGAAAAAUAGUAUAAAGAAUGCUAACUUUUGACAGGAAUAAAUUUUUUUUUAAUAUUCUUUUUUUUCUUAACGACAAAACACAUUUACUUUGCAAAUAUAUCUAUCACUUGUGUAUUUCAAUCAGCGAUGAUGAUUUUUAUUCGCGUAUAUAGAUUAACGUUAAUGUAGAUUAAUUGAAAAGUAUUGAGGCAAAAAUAAUAGUUAAAAAUAAAAAAGCCUGUAAUUAUUUCUAUAAAAGAUGUCAAUGCAAGAGAGACAAGAAAAUAUGUUAAAUGAGAUAAAGAAAAAAAUAACAAAGAGAAAGAGAAAGAAGAGAAUUUAAUAAGUAAUAAAUACCUUUUCUUUCUAAUUUAGUUUUAUUGUAAUCCACUUAGUUUUAAGACUUUUCUGACACAAGUUUUGCGUAUAUCGAAUGCGAAUAUAGCGACUCGAAGAAAACUAAGAAUGAGAACAAUGGAAUGAAAUAUUUCUUAUAAAUAAUCUUCUUCAAAAUUUCGGCAAUGCUGAGAUUAAUUAUGUAGAACUGUAAAGCCAUGUAUGCAAAAUAUAUUUCUGUACAUGUA